GAGGGUAAAACCGUAACUGCCGUAAGCAGAGAAUCAUUCGGUGAUCUUUUUGUAUCAAAUGAUAACCUAGUCGGAAGUAACCAUGCCAGGCAUAAAACAGCUAUUACACUGGGGCCCCAUUCUGGCACUGUCAGUCAUCUUCAUCAUCACAGUGGUUGGGUUUAAAUGCUCUUUAAUGUGGUGGCCUGUUCACAUGAAAGGAAGUUGGAUAAACUUGAUGAUAUACUUUACUUGGUUAUUUCUUAUUUUGUACAACUACUUCCUAGCAGCAUUCAAAGGUCCAGGAUUUGUACCAUUAGGUUGGAGACCUGAAAAUGAAGAAGAGACACAAUAUCUACAGUACUGUGUAUUUUGCAAAGGAUAUAAAAGUCCCAGGGCACACCACUGCAGAAAAUGCAACAGAUGUGUAAUAAAGAUGGACCAUCACUGUCCUUGGAUAAACACCUGCUGUGGACAUUUUAACCAUGCCAACUUUACCUACUUUCUAUUCUUUGCUCCGAUUGGAUGUAUUCAUGCUGCUAUCAUUUUAAUAUGUUCUGUAUAUAGGGCUUUAAAUUGGCAGUACUACUUUUACUAUACAAAUGAGCCUGUGGUUCACCUGGACUUUGUAGGAUUUAUCUGUGCAAUGUUUUCUAUAGGCCUUGCCAUUGGGGUUACAAUUGCAGUGGGCAUGCUGUUUUUCAUACAAAUGAAGUCCAUAAUAAAAAAUGAAACUGGAAUAGAGCAGUGGAUCAUAGAAAAGGCAAAAGACAGAGAGAGAGAUGAGGAGGAAGGAGAGUUUAUUUAUCCUUAUAACCUCGGAUGUUGGAAAAAUAUAUGUGAAGUUUUCACCUUGAAUGGCAAACCAAAAUCUGACGGUUUUACAUGGAAUAUAGUCCAAGAAUGUAAUCAGUUUACACUUACUAUUGAACAAAUAAAUCAAAAGGCCUUAAAAAGAGAGAGAACUGUGGAGUAUGUGAUUGGAAAAGACUUCAGUGGUUCUUGGUUUCCCAUCACAAUGGGAUGGAGAGUUUGUAUAAAUUUCCCUUGUACUGAUGAACCUAGAAUAAAAGUGAAAGUAGGAGACAGAGUCAGGGUCACACGAUGGAAAAAGCACUGGUUAUAUGGAACAAAAGUAAAUUUGGAGGGAAAAUUAAAAGGUCAAACAAAAGAAAGAGAGAGAGGUUGGUUCCCAAGAAUUUGUGCGAAACAAGACAUUUCUAACGGGCAUUAUGGUGGAAGUGAAAUGGAGGUAGAACAUGAAAAAGCAGCGUAAUGUUCAUUCAACAGAGUAAUUGGAUUUUACAUUAAUAAUAUUUGAUGACAGUUAGACAGCCUCAGGUAUUUAUUAUUUUCAGUGUGAAAUCUGCAUGAUUUUUUUUUUUAUUAUGGUGCAGAGUCAGUUUUGUAUCAUUUUGCAACCUCGGUGAUUUGGUCAGCCAACAAACCUAUAGAUUAUUUUAAUCUAGACAUCACUUUAUAUGAUAAAUCUCUGUUAAGCCUUUACAUCGUGUUUAUAAAUUGUUUUGGAUGUUGAACUUUAUUUGGAUUUUAUAUUUUAUUAGAUUCUAAUGAUGAGAAAUGUUUGUAUUACUGCUGUUAUGACAUUGUCACAAACUGAUAAACUGUGAUCCUUGAAGUUGAAUAUUCUAACUUGUAUAUAUCUAUCAAAUUUGAAACUGAACUUAGAUUCUUUGUCAGUUGCCAUAAACAAUCAGUAAAAUUUACUAAUUUUUCCUCUAAUUAGACAUUGUUCUUAAUUUUAAAAUAGAAUUUCAUUUCUGUAUUAUUAAAACAUUGAAGGCUAAUAUAUAUAUGUAAUCAUUAAAAUGUGUUAAUAUAAAUUGAAGAAUAAGGGCACAUUUGAUAUGGAUUUGGCAGGAAUCUUGGUACACUUGAAAAAAGAAAAUUUCAACAACCCUCACACCAAUCCAUAUAUUUUAGCACUCUAUUGAUUUGUCAGGCUUCUGCGAUAUAGCAAAGGGAAAUAUUUUUCCAAUAUUGCGUUUUGAUUUGCUAAAAUAUGCAAUUAAACUGGCUACAUGGGUCAUUUGGAAUAAAUUUAGCAUUUUAAAUCAAGUGUUUCCAUGAAUUUGUUGUCUCAAGAUCGAUCAUCUCUCCACUAUUUUUAAAAAAUGUUAUUUGUGUGCAUUUUAAUUCAGCAAAACGUGCAAAUGUUUAUUAAAAAUGGAGAGAAGACCCAGAGACUAUAAAAAAUAAGGUUUUGGGGAAAAAUUACGUUGUUUAAAAGCAGUGCUUCAUUGCUGUUUUAAAAUUCAGAUUUUGCGAUGAUAGCUCAGUGGUACAUGUAUAUGUGGUGGUGAGGAAUCAAUACUUUUUGGUUCAAUCCAGACAUUUUUUUUUUGUUAACAAAAACUUAGUUUGUUGCUUUGAUUUGACUUGUUGAUUUAGUAAAUUUUAAAAUUAAGUUAGAUUUUGAUUAUGUUACACAGAGAGUGAAAGCAAUUCUUCCCACCCACUGAAAUUUUAAUACAUUUGCAUUUAACUUUACCCUAUUACAUGUACCUUAUAAUUCUUUACUAAUUAUGUGAAGUGAUAUUAUUUAAUGCCAUAACUGUUAAAAUGAGCUGACUUAAAUAUUACAUUCUCUGACAAGAUGUUACAUUUUCCUGUGUGUACACUUUUAAUUAUUUUCAUAAAGUCUGUCCAGCUGAGCUCAGCAAACCCAAUUUUUUGCUUUUCUGCACAUAUAAACUAUUAGCUGCAAUAAUGUAGCCCUCUACGAUUUUUUUUUAUUGGGAGAGGCCCUUUCCAGAAAACAUUAGAUAAAAAAAUUAUUGCAGCUAAUAAACUAUGAAUUAGUCGUAUACAUGAAGCCUGCAGAUUACACACCAAAUACACCCAUCUUCUUUGGUACAUUUCUGUGCAUUGUAAUAAAUGGAAUUGAUACUAAGCUAAUGUAAGCUAAUGUAUACUUACAGGAUCACCCCUCUUGUAUUGCUUCAGACAUUUUCACUACUACAUCUAUCAUAGCAACAAUCUGGGGGGGGGGGGGGGGGGGUUUGACAAUGAAAGUCCAAACAUUAUCUGGGUAUAUUGGUUACUUAUUGUCUUUUAUAACUUCAUAUCUAUUGUAAUAAUCCCCCUGUUGAAUCUGCACCUAUGGGCAAGGAGAAGUCAUGAUCUCUUGGUAUACUUUUUUAUUUAAGUUAGAAAUCAGUUUGUUUUAUAAUAUUUUUUUCUAUGCACUACAGGUAGUUUUGUGCAUGUUGGUGUUGUCUGUGAGAUUUGUUGUGUACAUGGUAGCCUAGCACCACAUUUGAAAUUGUGAAUUUAAGUAGUCCAUAGUAAAUAUUUACUUUUCAGUGGAUGAAAUUAAGAUAAAUGAAAUGCAUCUAUCUAUUUAAACAAUUUGUUUUUGUGAUGUCUUUGAAAUUUUGUAGAUAUAAAUGCAUAUGGAUUUUCAUGGAUAUGCAUUUCAUUUUUUUCAUAUGUAUGUUUAAGAUUUGAAAUAUGAUAGUAAGGGUUUUUUUUUUUGACAUUUUAAGGGUGUUUUUUUUUUUAUUUUUUUGUGAAAUGAUGCCUUCUAUUAUUUUCUUUAUUCUCUCCCUCUUAUUUCCUUUUUUAUGCCCCCCCCCCCAAAUUAUUUUAUGGCAACAAUCAUGCAUUUUCUAAAUCCUGUGGAGUUUUAGAGCUAGUUGAGAGUUAUGAAAAUCCAACAUGAUGUUGUUCUGUCUGAAUUUUUAUUUUGAUGAAUAUUUAAAUUUUGACUUGACAAGACAAAAAAUUGUAUAUUUGUUACAUGUAAAUUAAUAUGUAUGACAGUGCUUUCAAAGCUUCCAAAUAAAUAUUUUUAUGUACACAGCAA